AUGGACAACAUACUGGAUGCACGCGCAAAGCCCCCGAAUGAGAUACGCGCUGUCUACAAACACUUUCACAAAGCCUGUGCAAACUUGCUUGAUGAGGAUCCAGAUCUGGUGCAAUUCCAGGACGGUAACGCCGAGACCAAUCUCUGGCUCAAACGAUGCCUUGAUCUCCCUCCAGAGAUGCGUCAAGCUUUUAUGCGCUUCAUGAACAGUGACUCGAACAUUGAAGACUCGCCCAUGGCGAUGUACGAAGUCCCCGAUGUUCCUGGUCUGUAUAUCUACCCGUCAUUACUCCCGGUCGAAGUCCAGUUUGAAUUGCUUGAAAGACUUCUACACAGGGAUCUAUGCAAUCCCAAACAUCAGACCAACGUGCAUAUGCAUUACCAUGUUCCGUACCCUCCUUCCACGAGAGAAAUACCAAGCUCUUUCUUCGACCGCUCUACAUCAGGAUGCACUUUUCAACCGCUCAACCCAGACGUCCACAAGUCGAUCACAAAUGAGCAAUUUCUCAACAAGAAACUCCGCUGGGCCACCCUCGGAGGCCAAUACGACUGGACCAAGAAAGUAUACCCAUCUGGCCCGCCUCCAGCAUUUCCGUCGGAUAUCAAGCAGCUGAUAGAAGAUGUCUUCCCCAUGAAAGCAGAGGCCGCAAUCGUGAACCUCUACUCACCUGGCGACACCUUGAGUCUACAUCGAGAUGUCAGCGAGGAGUGCAAUCGACCGCUGGUCAGUAUAUCUCUAGGUUGCGAUGCGCUAUUCAUAGCUGGUCUCGAAGGCGAAUCUCAAGACGAAGCACCGAGAGUGGCCACGAUUCGACUGCGAUCCGGCGAUGCGGUGCUCAUGAGUGGCGAGAGCAGAUACGCCUGGCAUGGCGUCCCGAAAGUGCUGGAAGGUACUUGUCCAAACUGGAUGGAAGACUGGCCAUGCCGGUCGGAAAAGGAUGAGGAAGGUCGCUUCGAGCACUGGAGAGGCUGGAUGAAAGGUAAGCGAGUGAAUUUGAAUGUCCGGCAGAUGUUCGAGUGA